AUGAACGACUUUUAUAAUAUAACAGUUCUACUUGGAAUUAGUUACUUCAUAUGUCUGUUUCCUUUACGGCUAUCAUUUAACAAAAACAAAUUAAUCUUCACGUUAAAUAAGACAUUUUAUUGUGUAAGAAUUUUUUUUUUCAAUACGAUUAUCGUGAUUUGCAUUGUUGUCAAUUGUUAUAAUAUUUUAGAUGAGCACAUUAGUCUAAAAAAUAUUGUUUUUAUUUUCUGCAGUUUUCCAAUUAUUCUCGUAAUUCUCGAAAUUCAGAUAAUUGGCCUCUUGAAUCAAGAAAAAUACCAUAAGGUAUUAGUGAAAUUCCAUUCUCUUCAUACUAGCAUUUUAAGUAAAUCGAACGGUAACAAAGAACAAACGGAUUAUUUAUACUUAUUACACCCACUUUUUAUUUUCUGUUGUUUCCUUUAUCUAUUUACUCUUUAUUUCGUAUACUAUAGUAUUGCGGAAGCUUUUAUUAUCAAUUUCGGGUUUACUCUAUCAAAAUUUAUGAUCUUUACAAACUCUUGCGUAAUCGUUAAUUUCUUAAGAUUAAUAAAAGGAGAUUUUCGCAAAUUAAAUAACAUUUUAACGUCAUCAGAUGAUUUUAUUUUUGUGUUUCGUACUUAUUUAGAACUAGUGUUUCUGUGCAAAAAAGUCAACAAGUUAUUUGGUCGACAGUUAUUGUUAAGUAUAUUAACUUACUUAAUUUGGACAAUUUAUGAAAUGUACCAUCUGGCAAUCCUUUGGUCUUGUAAAGACUGUCCACGUUUUUUAAUAAUGUUAGCCUCAAGUUACACGAUAAUUCAAGAAUCUAUACUUUUCACUAUUCUAUGGACUUGCCAAAACACUCGAAAGGAAUCGAAUCGUUUUAAGGAAAUCUGGUAUUCCAAGUUAUCCAAAAAAGUCGAUAUUUUUAACCAAAAAACAAUUGAAAAAUAUUCUUUGAAGCUGUUAAAUCAUAAUGUUCUUUUUACUGCAAUGGGUCUUUAUGUUCUGGAUAUGCAGCAAUUUUUUGCGAUGCUUGGUUCUUUGGUGACUCUGAUUGUGAUUCUCACCCAGUUUAGUACAACGGUAUAG